ACCUCAUGAGCUUCCCCCUGGAAAACAAAAGCACAGUAAAACCAAAGCUGUGGGUCACCCCAUCGAAGCCAGGUCACCAGCCAAACACGAGCUGUGGGAGAGCGUCUGAGAUGAGACGGGGAGGCUUCUCUGCAGACGACGUGAGAGCAGGAGCUGGGGUAUACCAGGGUGUGCACAGCCCUCUGCCCUGCCUGACAGCUCCGGCCAUCUGUCCCCAAUCCAGCUAUGAUUUUUUUUUUUAUUAUUUUGUACAAAACCGGCUUUCAAAGAGCCUGUAAAGCAGUGGCAGAAGCUUUGGAGAACACCAAACACAUCUGAAACACCAGUAGGUGCAUGGAGCAAGAGGAAUUCCUCCUGAAAAUCUUUGGUGGCACACGAAGGGAGGCGCAGUGGGAGCUAGCAUUCCCCAUGGGGCUCAUUGCCCCAUGUCACCUUCCCUGGGGAGGGUGACAAGCGGUAAUGCUGGCAAACAGCUCAGUGGACCGGUGCGAGAAGGCGGGAGGAUGGUUGCCUCAGCGACAGAGCUGGCUGCCAGAGCCUCCCCGGGGCUCACACAGGGCUGCCUUUGCCUGGCAAACGUUUGACACCACACAGAGGGGAUGCUGGUGUGUCCAGGACAUUUCCAUAACUCAGACCCAAUGCAGGCACCAAAAAUAAGAUAAGACAAAAAUAAUUCCAAAUAAAGCUCGCCUCUUAAAAGCAAUAAAUAACCUUGAGCAGAUGCUGGCUCGCUCCUAAUCCAAUUAUCUAUCAGCAGGCCUACGCAGUGCUGGGAGGAAAAAAACACCGACCCCAUCUUGCUGGGAAAUGGGGCUUCAGCUUCUUCCAGUUUUUGGACUCCCACCCUGCCCCAGAUCCAGAAGAGCUCUCCAGAAACACGUCCAUGAGCGGCACAGCAGCACAGGCAAAAAGGCUGAGGGUGAUGAAGGGGAGCAUCAACAAAGAUCGCGUUUGGACAACACCUACCUAUCCUACCCAACUAAGCUGCAUGUUUAGGAUUAGCACAGUAUCCAUGCUGGUAUUUGUCUAUUGACGAUCAUCUCCCAAAACAUCUUUGUUCCUGGAAAGCCUCAACAAAAUGUUCUCCAAGAGAUGAGCAGGAAUCAGUUGGAGACCGCAGCUGUGAGUGCCCCGGGCAGAGCUCCCUGCCAAGUGCAGCCAAGCUUGUUGCAAGAUCAGUUCGCUCCGGCCAUAGCAAACAAACAACCUCAUCAUGUCCACAGACCGUGAUGUGCGAAGCCUAUUCACCUGGGCUGGAGACAUUCCAAAGCGUGAUCUGUGGUCCUGGACACAAAGAGAUCCCCCAGACAGUCUUGUUCAAGCACUCAUCUGCUCUGAAGCUCAUGGUGAUUGCUGAAGUCACCAGUCCCAAGAUGGGCUUUAGCUGGAGAUGCUGGGAAGGUGACUGGGAGUGGAGGCAGCCGUGCCAUGAAGCCCAUUAGACUUGCAGACCUGAUGCCUACACCUCCGCUCUGUGCCAGCUUUUCCCAUCCUUCCCAAAGAGAGCUGUCCUCCUGCGACACAAGGUGGAGAAGAAACCACAUCACAAGCAAAUCUUGUGGACUGAGACUGGGAAAGGAAGCAAACGUGCACGUGCGGAGGUGCUUUCAGUGCUUUUAUUACUGGGUGACAUAUGUCUGGUGGUAGCAACUGCCACACGCAGCUGAAGACACAGAGAAACACGCCGCUGAUCCCUCCCUGCGUCUCUGCUCUCCUUUCUUAUCCUCUUUUCCUGGUUGUGUCACUCACUUCGGUGCUCACCUUCAUGGUGCGUUGUCUCGUCAGGACUGAGCCUUGGGAUCCAUUCAUGGAGCUUGUGGAAGGGAAGAAGACCUCCUGUAAGAAACUCUUCGCCUUCCUGCUCUUCAGCUUCAUCUUCAGCUCCUGGUUCUUUGUGUCUUUUCAUCAGUUCAAGAUUUCUGGGCCAGAGCGUCACGGUCCCAGUCCCUCUCCACAAAGAGCCCAUGCUGGGAACACCAGUGGCCCACCCAAGAAUGAACGCAGGCUGACCAUCUUGCUGUGGAAGUGGCCCUUUGGGCACCACUUUAACUUCAUCAACUGCUCAAAGCUCUACAGGACCCCGGACUGUCACUUCACUGUCAACCACAGUUGGUCCCAGAAGGCCGAUGUUGUGAUUAUGCACCACAGGGAUGUGUGUAAGGACACGGAGAGGCUGGCCCAGCUCCCCAGAGUCCCUUCCCAGCGCUGGAUCUGGUUCAACCUGGAAUCCCCAAGUCACUCUCCAAACUUAGAUGCCAUGGACAACCUCUUCAACCUGACCAUGUCUUACCGGAGAGACUCAGACAUCUUCACCCCGUAUGGGGAGCUACAGCUCCUUGGCCAGCCCCAGCCCCUCAGCAUUCCACCCAAGACCAAGCUGGUGGCCUGGGUAGUUAGCAAUUGGAGAGCAGGCUCCCACCGGGUCAAGUACUACCAGGAGCUGAAGAAACACAUCACUGUGGACGUCUAUGGGCGAUAUCACUUGCCCCUGCCCUGGGACAAGCUCCUUCCCACUGUGUCCCAGUACAACUUCUACCUGGCUUUCGAGAACUCGCGACAUGAGGACUACAUCACUGAGAAGCUCUGGAGGAACGCCUUGUCCUCUGGCACCGUCCCUGUCGUUCUGGGACCUCCUCGAGAAAACUACGAGCGCUUCUUGCCCCCUGACUCCUUCAUCCACGUCGACGACUUCGCCAGCGCUGGGGACCUGGCACGGUUCCUGUGGGAGCUGAGCGAGGAUGCUGAGAGGUACCAGCGCUACUUCCAGUGGCGCAAGUGGUUGAAACCAGUGUCGGGGGUGGGCUGGGGCCUACACCUCUGCAGAGCUUGUCACUUCUUGCAGACCACGGUGGCCAGGUACCAGGUGGUGCCCGAUCUGUCUGAGUGGUUCGUGUAACCACUGUUUGCUCAGCUCGCUGCCACCCAGCCACCUCAUUGUCCUUGCUGGCGGGUUGCAAUUUCACGGGGUGAUUGAGCUUGAUGGAAACAGAGGAACAAGAGGAGCUUUGAAGCGAGCAAGGACAAGGAAGCAAUUAGGUGUUUUUACGUCUUUGUCUUGCUGGAGAAUGGACAGUCAGAUAGGGUAGUACAUUGGGGUUUUUUGCUGAUGUAUUCGUUACCUGAAAAACUUGUUAUGCUGCCUGCACCUUGGUCUUCAGAGUUCACCUUCAGUCUAUGCAGACAAUUCUGGAUUAGCUCCACGAGCCGGAGGGUUGAAGCCAGUGGCCAAAGGGGGAAGGUAGAACAGCCAGAUCUGUCACAAACCUGCUUCAAGGACUUUGUACCGUGCAAAGCUAUGACUUGAAGGGGCCUCCACACCACAAGGAACUGGCCAUGUUCCUCUCUGCGAGCCCCACUGCCCCAGUCCUGCCCAGGCUCUCCCUGACCACCCUGGGGGUGUUGCAUCAGGAGCCCAAACAGGCUGAAAACAACUUAAUUUAUUUACAGGGCUGUUUUUUGUGCAGGUUGGCUAGCAGCGUGGUCUUGAGGAAGGGUCUGGCAGCAGCAGGCUGGUGCAGGUAAGGUGUGGGGCGCUGAGGGUGCCCCUGAAAGCUGUAGAGUCUGCAGCAGCCCGUGGCAAGGAGACGCUCAGGACCAGCCCAUGAUGAGCUGCCUCCUCCUCUGUGCCUUGAGCAUUGCAGCUUCUGGUAUCGGCUGAUGCCUCUAGGCCACCUCUUUAAAAAACAGUGAAUAACUGGCCUUUAUUGAGCUUCCUGCUGCCACUCAGGUCGUACCACCGGAAAUUGUUUCCUUUUCAGGCUGGGGAGCCCCAUUGCAUGGACAUGGCCCCUCCCUGGCCCCCUGCCCCUGCUUGUUUUCCUGAUGGCUGCAAUCCGUGAGCUGAACACUUCAAAGGUCUGUCCUCACCCGAGGAGGUUUCCAUGAGGAAAAUCAGCUCCAAGUCCAGCAGCACACACAGAGAUGCAGUUGUUUCCUCCAUCAGCAGCAUUCAGCAAACAUUUCCAAAGAAUUCCCUCUGCAUUUCCUCCCGCAGUUGUUCUGUAGAAGGACCAUCAGCAUGUGAGUCCCUGAUUUUCAUAAGCAACUUUUGCCACUUGGCUUUUUUCUCCCUGCUUUGCAGAUUGGUUGAAUACAUUGAUCAGCACAAGCCUAAGGAUAAAUUCUUCCUUCUGGAAUCUGAAUCCCUCCCUCCCACCUUUUUCCUGUCCUCACAGAACCUGUGUAGGUGGGACCUUCCUGAGGCUGCUUAGUUCCUUGAAGAACUUGCUGGCCCUUAGCGAACCCCUUCAGAAAUUCAGGGAGACCAACAUGCCACAUCUUCCUUAGCCAUGCACUUGCCACCUGCUUCAAAAAGAGCAAUAAAUUUGUGAGGUAUCAAUUUUUAUUGCCAAAUAAUUGUCUGUGCUUCUGCCUCUGCCUCACCUGCAGGCACCUCUCUCCUCCUUUAGCUCCUGGGAACUCAUCAACCAACCCUGGUGCUCUUCCCAUCUUUAGAGCCAGUUCAGUUCAAGGCAGCUGGAGAAAUUUAAGACUUUAACACUUAACUGAUAGAGCUGAUACAGCUGUGGGUAAGGGAUAAAUAAUAUUCUGCAGUUGAGGGCUGUGAACUGUCUGUUCCCAUCAAUGGGGGGCACUGGGAAAUUGGGAGGGAGUCACUUGUUCCACUGCUGCUGCUACAUUUGGAAGGUGACGCCCGUCCUUGGGCUAAAUCCUUCUACCUUGAGACUUCCAUUGGGAAGAUUUCAGCUUUGAGCAUUGGCCUCCAGACCUGCCUUUUGCUGCCAUUGCCAGCUAAACCCACUACAAAACAGAGUGCUUGAUUAAAUGGAGCAGUGAUGAAGCAUCGUCCAUGGGGGCACAAGGUCCAGCUGCUCAGAAAGGGUGUUUUUGGAAAAACAAUGGCAAGGAGCUGCUAGAGAUGACCCAUGCUGCAUGCAUAAAAAGCCUUCCCAGAAAGAAAUCACAGUGCAAAGCCCCAGGAACACACUUGGUUCACCUGAAUUAUUUUUCUUCAGCCUAUUUUGAAGAGACGCACUGCAGGGAAGGGCAGUUCCUGGGGGGUAGGGAAGCAAUGCAGGGUGCGUCGGGGCAGGUAUGUUGUCUCCAGGGGGUCUAGAUGCCCCUGGCAGCAGUGGGUGACUAUAGAUUGGCAGCUCCCUGGGCCAGCUGGGUUCCCAAAUGGACAAGGUAGCAUUUGCCGGGUGCAGAACAAGUGGCCAAGGAUGGGCAGGGAGCCCAGUUUUGGUCCUGCUGGUGAUGGUGUCAAUUGAGAUCACCCUGUGCUGUGCAUUAAAUAAACAUCUUAAUAAACAGGCAAUUAAUUUCCAACUUGGUUCUCAGUUCUUUGAGUGACCUGGAGGCUAACGCUGGGAAAGCAAAGGCUCGUGAGCAGGAGCUUUCAUCCAUCUCCCUCAAGACCUGUUUCUUUGUAGUCCCUGACCCUGGAGUUGGGCGCAAGACAGCCCAUGGUCCUCUG